AUGCUGCUGAGAACCAUUUUUCUGUUGGCACUGGCCAUAUUGGGCCUCACAAAUGGCAAGGAAGAAGAUAAAACGCCUGGAGAGGAGAUGAUUGAUCGUCUUGCUGUUAAUAUGGCUGGCGCGUUUGUGAAGAGUAUGUUCCCUGAGAUGGAUCGUAAACCAACUGAGGCCCCCACACCAGCUCCCCCAACGCCGUCUUCCGAAAUUCGAAGGGCACCUAUCAACCCAUUGAUCUCUUCAAUGGAAGGCUAUUCACCACAGUUUGCUGCCUCAGAAUACAAUGCUAUGCCGCAACUUUCACAGGCUGCUGACACUCCAAGAAAUCCAUUCAGCUAUCAAGCUAAUCAACCAUCAACUUAUUCUGUUAUGCCAGAAAUGUCUCAGACCAAGAUUGGUCAGUCCUCUGCUGGAAUGGAUGGUUUGGGAGCACUUGCAAUGGCUGGAAUGAGAAAUCCAGAUAUUUCUGGAAUGCUAUCAGGUGGAGGCGGAACUCCAGAAGCUGUCAAUGCAGUUCGUAAUCAAGCUUAUCUAGCGGAACUUUCCAAACAUCAAUCUGAGUUGAAUGCGUAUAGUGCUAAACAGAUGGAAUAUUUGGAUCAACAGAGAAGAUAUCAACAGGCGAUGAUUGACCAUCAAGCAGGAGCUGCGCUCCUCAUGCAAAAACAACAACAAGAAAUUAUUGCAAAGCAGAUGCAAAACAUGAAACAAUCCUACGGCGCAGGAGAGACCACUCCAGGAGAAUCCAAGGAUUUUGAAGACAACGAUAACACUAUUGGUGGACGGUACCUCACCGCGCGUGCAAGAGGAGUAAAGACGAUGAAAGUGCCGACAAACAGAAAGUUGGAGGACGAUGAUGUAGUUGCGAACGACGAAUAUUUGAAAGAAUACUUUAAACAAAAAUAUAACAUUGAUAUCCCAGAUGAUGUUAGCCAACUUACUGCCGAUGAAAAGGCUACAUUGAGAGCCCUCAAGCGUGAACUUUCCCGACAACAAGAGAAAGUUAAGGAAAACGGAGUGUUCAAAACAAUGGAUAGCUUAAAAGGAAAAAUGAGUAAUGAGAGAGCUUCUCCGUCGAAAAAUACUCCAAUUGAAGCUUGCGACCAAUGCAUUCCAAUGAACCUAAAAAUGGUCAGAGGUGCCUGGACUCAGAUUUACGGAAACCCGAAAGUAGUCAACAAAGUGUUCGGAACGGUCAUGAGUCUGGAGAACAUGAAGUCUUCAACUGGAAGUAUCAAAAUGACCAACAAGAAGACAUCGUGUGUCGGAAUGGAAGUCGGAGCUGCUAGCAGUCACAGAAAAUCCUCCAAAAUGAACCUGUUCUUCCGUGAUUCGGAAGAAGGAAACGAGCUUCAUGAGAUGCGAGGAACUGUUACUGUGAAGGACAACAUCAUGAGUGUAGAGACGAAUCUUUACCGUACCCACAUGUGUUUGGUCAAGGCCGGCCCCUCAGAAUCUGAUAAAUUUGAGUAUGUCAUCUUGUCGGAGACAACCGGCAAGUACGCUUGCAAAUCGUAUCAUGUGUUCGUGAGGAAUACUGACGAGUUCAAUCGUCGCCAUUUUGAUGAUGUCUCUGAAUUCAUGAAAUCGCAAGCUGAUGCUAUGCCGUUGGGAGCACUUCCGAAAUCUUCUCUCUGUGAACUUGAUAAUCCAUGA